UACUUGAACGUUUCUCUAUGAAAAACUCGAAGAAGGGACUGUUGCCAUCCCGACAUGGAGUUUAUCUUUCUAAGAAGCAGUCUCCACAGACUCCUCAAGAGGAAGAAGAGAUGAAACAGAUUCCCUAUGCAUCUGCAGUUGGAAGUCUUAUGUAUGCUAUGUUAUGCACUAGACCAGACAUCUGCUAUGCAGUGGGAGUUGUAAGCAGGUACCAGUCAAAUCCUGGUAGACAACAUUGGGCAGCGGUCAAGCACAUACUGAAGUAUCUACGAAGAACAAAGGAUUAUAUGCUGGUCUAUUCGGGAGGUUCACUAGACCCGAUAGGCUACACUGAUUCUGAUUUUCAGACAGAUGUCGAUGACAGGAAGUCUACUUCUGGAAUGGUGUUUACUCUUGGGGGUGGAGCUGUGAUUUGGAGAAGCGUUAAGCAGUCUGCCAUUUCAGAUUCCACCAUGGAGGCUGAGUACAUAGCUGCGUCUGAAGCGGCUAAGGAA